CUCCGGUAACGUGUCCGGUUUUAUGGUUUAACCGGUGAGCAGACGGGGUUAUUGAAUCCGGUCCGGUUCAAUCACCUUUGUGUUUUUGCUUUUUUUUUUUCUAAAGUUAGUUAUUGAAAAUUGAAAAAAAUACCAAAAAAAAAAUGAAAAGAAAUGCAGGCUCAUGCACGAAAUCACGAGAUCUCAAACUUAAAGUCUGAAAUAGAGAAACCACAUUAAGAGUCCCUACUCACUGCCGCUGCCGACGAAGCUCGGUCGUCUCCCGCCACCGUCGCAAAAGGAAGCACCUCCGCCGCUGCACCGUCGCGCCUCCCACUGGAGGUCCGUCCGCCGCCGCCGCCGCUGGUUGUCGCGCUAGCCACAAGGCCGCCGUCGUUCUGGUGGUUAUUGGUUCUGGUUCCAUCUGUUAGAGCAUUACAAGUUUUAUUGCUUCAGGCACGAAUCAGAAGGUAUGGGAAUCAGUAAAACAGAAGUAAACUUGAAGAGGUUGCUUGCAGCUGCUCCUCAGCAGCAAAACCAGGCAAAACUUGUGCAUUAUGUUGCUACUUUGCGUGAACAAUUGGAACAAUUGGCUGAGGAAAGGGCACCGGAAGGCUUACCAAGGAUUUCAAAGGCUGUGUUGAAUGAUUAUUCAGAGAAGAUUGAAGCCAUUGCUUCCAAAUUGGUUAAUCAUGUGAGUGACCCACCAGUACCCAAGAAGGACUUCGAAAGGAAUUCUGUUGAAGAAAACUCUUCUGAAAUAGAGGAAACAAAGCAGAUACUCCUUUCUUCUGGACUGAGAAGAAGGCCUGUACCUGCCUCAAGUACGGAAGAAAGAGCACACAAGCCUGCUGAGACUGAUCACAUAUCACCUGUUAAACUGGAUGCUGCAGCACAUGCACACAUUGAAAAGCACAGAAUGCUUCAAGAUAAUUUGACUGAUGAGAUGGUAGUGUUGGCAAAACAACUCAAAGAGAGUAGUCUCAUGAUGAGCCAGUCCCUGCAAAACACUGAAAAGAUACUUGAUUCUACCGAAAAGGCUAUUGAGCAUAGCUUGGCAAGCACCGGUCGUGCCAAUGUGCGAGCAACGGCAAUAUACUCGGAGAGUUCAAAGACUUCUUGCUUAACAUGGCUUGUGAUGUUUGUGAUGACAUGUGUGUUUGUCAUGGUUAUUCUUCUAAUCCGUGUCACAUAGUGUAGUUCACGUUUCACCGGGUAAAAUAAAUAACUUCCAAUAUAACUUUUUUUCUCAAUCUUUAACAGUUUUUCCUUACAAAUUCGACCUGAUGGAUACUUUUUUAUUUAUGAUAUAGCACUUGAACCUUGAGAAUAAUAA